UAUGCUGAUUGCCUCCCAACUGGAACCAACGUAUGCCAGGACAGUUUAUCCAUGUUUUGAUGAACCUGCCAUGAAGGCCACAUUUAAUAUCAGAAUUGUCCAUGACCCAAGCUAUGUGGCUCUUUCCAACAUGCCUGCUAUUGAUGUGUCUGAAAUGAAGGAUGAAAAUGGAAGCCUGUGGACUGUUACCACAUUUAACACUUCGCUGAAAAUGUCAACUUACUUGACUGCUUUUGUGAUUUGUGAUUUUGAUUAUGUCACCAGAACCGAGCGGGGAAAUGAGAUACGUAUUUGGGCUCGGAAAGAGGCAGUUAAAAAUGGGUAUGUUGACUAUGCUUUAAAUAUCACAGGCCCAAUAUUUUCAUUUCUGGAAGACUUACUUAACGUCAGCUACCCUCUGCCAAAGACAGAUCUGGUUGCACUGCCUGAUUUUGGAGCAGGUGCUAUGGAAAACUGGGGGCUAAUGACUUUCCAAGAAUCAUCAUUGAUGUACCUCCCAAGUGAUAAAUUAACAAGCAGAAAGGCAAUGAUUGCCAUAAUUGUGUCACAUGAGCUAGGACACCAGUGGUUUGGAAAUCUGGUUACAAUGAACUGGUGGAAUGAUCUGUGGCUUAAUGAGGGACUGGCAUCUUACUUUGAGUACCUGGGAGCUACCUUUGUUGAACCCAAGCUUUCACUUGAUAAAAUCUUUUAUGAUCAUGUUGUACAACCUGUCUUAAUGGAAGACAAUGAAAUAGGAGUUCGAUCACUGUCCGAGAGUGAAGACAAGAUCAAGGGAUCAUUUUCUCUAAUGUCUCUGUUUGACAGCAUCACGUACAACAAGGGGGCUUCUAUAACCUGGAUGCUUUCUGGUUUCCUGACUGAGAAGUUGUUUAUCAGAGCACUCACUUCGUAUCUGAAAGAAUUUUCCUUCUCAAAUGCUAACCAAGAUGAUCUCUGGACCCACAUACAGAUGGUUGUAGAUGCACAGGAUGAAGUUCAGUUGCCAGCAUCUGUAAAACAAAUAAUGGAUUCCUGGACAUGCCAAAAUGGGUUUCCAGUUUUAACAUUAAAUCUAACCACUGGCACAAUCAGUCAGGAACAAUUUCUUAAUAAAAAGAAUGAAAACAAUACUGAUUCUUACAAUAACACAUGGAUUAUUCCUAUUUCUUGGAUGAGAAAUGGAUCAUCACAACCCUUAAUGUGGCUAGAUAAAAGCAGCAAAAUGUUUCCUGAAAUGCAAGUAUCAGAGUCAGAAUAUGACUGGAUCCUGCUAAAUGUAAAUUUAAGUGGAUACUACAGAGUGAACUAUGAUCAAUUAAACUUAAAAAGAUUAGCAUGCUUGCUUGAAAAUGAUCCAAAG